GUGGGACGCUAAGAGGAAGAGGAAGGCGAAGAGGAGAGGAUAACGGGCGGAGAAAGAAGAAAAGAAGAUGUUCUAUUCGCACACAUUUCUCGCGAAGAAGAGUCCACUGGGCACGGUGUGGAUCGCUGCUCACCUUGAGAGGCGGAUCAAGAAGCCUCAGAUCGACGCCAUCGACAUCCCUUCCUACGCCGAGUGCAUUAUGUUCCCUGAAGUUCCCAUUGCUCUGAGAUUGUCGGGACAUCUUCUACUUGGUCUCGUCAGAAUAUACUCAUGGAAGGUCAAUUACCUCUUCCGGGACUGCAACAGAAUGCUGACUGAUAUAAGGAUAGCGGUCAGUUCGAUUCAAGUCAAUCUGCUGGUAGAUGCAGAUCGAGCUCCCUUUGAGUCUGUGACAUUGCCUGAGACCUUCGAGCUUGAUGCCUUGGAAUUAGAUGAAUCGGUUUACCAGAUAGAUGGCCCUGACAAUCACCGGAAAGAUUAUGAGCAAAUAACCUUGACAGAUGAAUUUUCGUUGGGACAAGAUCAGUACGUGGCUUUCUAUAUCAAUGAGGGUAACAGAACCGACUCAUCAACUCAGAAAGGGACAAUAAAUGUUGAUGCUGGACCCAUGGUGGAAGAUGUGCUGCCACCAUUUGAUGUUGGUUUGGAUGUUAUGUCUACCCCAGUUAUUAAUUCUGCAUCUUUUCUGGAUCCCGGUUCAGAUAAUCAAGCAAACAGUUCCUUCCAGACUUUUGAUGGAAGCAAUGCUCAAGAAUUUCCUGAUAUUGAGGUUAUGCGUGAAGCCGUACAUAACUCUGGACCAGAAAGCCUUUUAGACUUGGAUGAUACCAGCAAUGAUCUUGGUAGACUUAGUGAACAUUCUGCUUCUUUGACAAGGAGAAAAGACAGUCUUUCCCCUAUACUGGAAGAUGUUUUGGCUUCUGGAGAGGAAUCUUUGCCUUCACCAACUCAUGCCAAAGCACUAACUGCUGCAUCAGUAGACAAUUCCAAUUUGUUUAAUAGAGAGGUUUCUUUAGAUCAGCCCUUGCCUGACUUGGAGCUGCAACCAUCACCUCCUGUCAGGGAGCAAAACACAAAAAGAAGAAAGAGAAAACAAUUGUAUGAUGAGAAAAUAGUGUUGAGUAAUGCAGAAAUCAAAAAGCAACUUGAAGACACCACCAAAUUAGUUUGCAAACGGAGGAAGCUCCCAUGUUCACACCUUGAUAUUUGGAGAUACCAUAGAAAAUGCCUCAGUGAUCAAAUUCUUUAUGAACCCUUGCUAUCUGGAAUGUGUUAUAAUCUCCAGGAGUCUUUUAAAAGAUGUUUUCCUCUUUCAAGCAAUGAUUCUGGCAACAUGGAAACUUCACCAGGACCUGGAAAUGCAUCAUCUGAUUUUGCCUUGAAUGACUUGGAUAUGGAACCUGAGCAGCCUCGAUUUGAUAUGCAUAUUGAAAGAAACAUAAAUGAAAUGAUACCAUCUCCAUCUGCCGUAGGAGAUAUUACUCCCUUUAACACCACAACAGCAGGUUCGGGAUCAGACUUUGGAAGAACUUUUGAGACAGAGAUAUUGCCAACUUUGGAAAUGACUGAACCAGUUAGCUAUGAGCCUGAGGCUAGUUUAUUUCCUAUGGAGGAAGAAUCACCUCAAGAUCACACGCCAAAAAUUCCUAGUUUGCUGAGAUCUGCAGAGAAGGAAGACUUAUUUUUUCUGGAAGCAAGUAAUGCAUCAUCAGGCCAUGAAGGAAACGAACCUGGAAGUUUAUCUGCAAGGACCAGAGCUGUGGCACAGUAUCUUAAAGAGCACUCGCCAUCUCAGAGUCAAGAUGACGAGCCAGGAGUUAUUAGCAUGAAUAACAUCUUAGAAGGGAAAUCCAGAAAACAAUGUGCAAGGAUGUUCUUCGAGAGUUUGGUUUUGAAGAAUUAUGGGCUCAUUGAUGUGAGACAAGAAGAAGCCUAUGGUGAUAUUCUAAUUUCACCAAUGCCCGCACUCUUGACUGCCAAAUUUGAGUGAAAAUGUUGGUUGUCUGCUAAACUUCCAAAUGAAGCAUUUUUGUUGGAAAACUUCAUGGAACUGUGAUGAAGAAACUGACGCUGUUCUCCUUAGUGAAACUAGAAGCUACAGCACAGCUUUUUUCUGCUGGCACACAGUGACUACUACGUAAAGCAAUUUCAGUGGUGGCCAUUCCAUGGGGGGAUAAUUAUUGUUCAUGACCUCGUCAUUGUAUAAAUUAAUUUUGUGGAUCCAGUGUAGCUCCACUAAGUUUAUUGUAAUUGACAUGCAUAGUCUUAUAUAUAUAUAUAUAUAUAUAUAUAUAUAUAUAUAUCAAUCAUUGUUGAGAUAAGCUAGUUCUGUUCAUUUUCUGUGCUGUAACUGGCCAAGCCAACCGAAUAAGGAACGUAUUUUGUAACUCUUGAUCUUUGAGUGUAGUCUCAAAGGAAAAAUCUUGAGGUAGUCUAGUCCUUCCUGUUUGCUUGCUCUUGGAAACUCAUCUGCAGGGAUUGCACUCUGUAGUGAUC